AUGACCACAGGUCGUGUAGCCGCAGACAUGACCACAGGUCGUGUAGCCGCAGACAUGACCACAGGUCGUGUAGCCGCAGACAUGACUACAGGUCGUGUUGCCGCAGACAUGACUACAGGUCGUGUAGCCGCAGACAUGACCACAGGCGGAAGAGGAUAUAAUGACUUUGUCAACGAAACAAAAACAUCACCCGAGACAACAAAAACCAUCACCCGAGACAACAAAAACAGCACCCGAGACAACAAAAACAUCACCCGAGACAACAAAAACCAUCACCCGGGACAACAAAAACCAUCACCCGAGACAACAAAAACAGCACCCGAGACAACAAAAACAGCACCCGAGACAACAAAAACAGCACCCGAGACAACAAAAACCAUCACCCGAGACAACAAAAACAGCACCCGAGACAACAAAAACAGCACCCGAGACAACAAAAACAGCACCCGCGACAACAAAAACAGCACCCGCGACAACAAAAACAGCACCCGCGACAACAAAAACAGCACCCGAGACAACAAAAACAGCACCCGCGACAACAAAAACAGCACCCGAGACAACAAAAACAGCACCCGAGACAACAAAAACAGCACCCGAGACAACAAAAACAGCACCCGGGACAACAAAAACAUCACCCGAGACAACAAAAACCAUCACCCGAGACAACAAAAACAGCACCCGAGACAACAAAAACAGCACCCGAGACAACAAAAACAGCACCCGAGACAACAAAAACAGCACCCGAGACAACAAAAACAGCACCCGAGACAACAAAAACAGCACCCGAGACAACAAAAACAGCACCCGAGACAACAAAAACCAUCACCCGAGACAAAAAAAACAGCACCCGAGACAACAAAAACAGCACCCGAGACAACAAAAACAGCACCCGCGACAACAAAAACAGCACCCGCGACAACAAAAACAGCACCCGCGACAACAAAAACAGCACCCGCGACAACAAAAACAGCACCCGCGACAACAAAAACAGCACCCGCGACAACAAAAACAGCACCCGCGACAAAAAAAAACAGCACCCGCGACAACAAAAACAGCACCCGGGACAACAAAAACAGCAACCGAGACAACAAAAACAGCACCCGAGACAACAAAAACAGCAACCGAGACAACAAAAACAUCCCCAGAGACAACAAAAACAUCCCCAGAGACAACAAAAACAUCCCCAGAGACAACAAAAUCAUCAGGGACAACAAAAACAUCACUCGAGACAACAAAAACAUCCCCAGAGACAACAAAAACAUCCCCAGAGACAACAAAAACAUCCCCAGAGACAACAAAAACAUCCCCAGAGACAACAAAAACAUCCCCAGAGACAACAAAAACAUCCCCAGAGACAACAAAAACAUCCCCAGAGACAACAAAAACAUCCCCAGAGACAACAAAAACAUCCCCAGAGACAACAAAAACAUCCCCAGAGACAACAAAAACAUCCCCAGAGACAACAAAAACAUCCCCAGAGACAACAAAAACAUCCCCAGAGACAACAAAAACAUCCCCAGAGACAACAAAAACAUCCCCAGAGACAACAAAAACAUCCCCAGAGACAACAAAAACAUUAUCAGGGACAACAAAAACAUCCCCAGAGACAACAAAAACAUCCCCAGAGACAACAAAAACAUCACCCGAGACAAAAACAUCAUCGGGGACAACAAAAUCAUCAUCAGGGACAACAAUCAUCAUCAGGGACAACAAUCAUCAUCAGGGACAACAAAAACAUCAUCGGGGACAACAAAAUCAUCAUCAGGGACAACAAUCAUCAUCAGGGACAACAAUCAUCAUCAGGGACAACAAAAUCAUCCCCAGAGACAACAAAAACAUCCCCAGAGACAACAAAAACAUCCCCAGAGACAACAAAAACAUCACCCGAGACAAAAACAUCAUCGGGGACAACAAAAUCAUCAUCAGGGACAACAAUCAUCAUCAGGGACAACAAUCAUCAUCAGGGACAACAAAAUCAUCCCCAGAGACAACAAAAACAUCCCCAGAGACAACAAAAACAUCCCCAGAGACAACAAAAACAUCACCCGAGACAAAAACAUCAUCGGGGACAACAAAAUCAUCAUCAGGGACAACAAAAUCAUCAUCAGGGACAACAAAAUCAUCCCCAGAGACAACAAAAACAUCCCCAGAGACAACAAAAACAUCCCCAGAGACAACAAAAACAUCCCCAGAGACAACAAAAACAUCCCCAGAGACAACAAAAACAUCCCCAGAGACAACAAAAACAUCCCCAGGGACAACAAAAACAUCCCCAGGGACAACAAAAACAUCCCCAGGGACAACAAAAACAUCCCCAGACACAACAAAAACAUCCCCAAAGACCACAAAAACAUCUCCAGAGACCACAAAAUCAUCACCAGAGACCGCAAAAUCAUCACCAGAGACCGCAAAAACAUCACCAGAGACCACAAAAACAUCAUAGACAACAAAAACAUUAUCAGAGACCACAACACCCUCACCCUAACACAAAAGCCGAAUAUUUCCAAAUCGCAACAUUUAAGAAUUUGCAAUGCAAUUAGGGAUUAA